AUGGGUGGCCUAAAUCUCGAAGUCUUCAAGUUCGGUACCUACCUGCUUUUCCCCAUCGGGAUCAUGUACUAUUUCGGAACGAACUUGGAUAAUCGCUUCACUGUGAACGACUUCUGGCCGAAGCCCGAGGAAUGCAACAAGCUGCCCCAGGAUAGAGAGGAAGUCAAGGCGGAGUACGAGAGAAUUGUGGCGCGACAGAAGUUGCGACAGGCUCUCUUGGAGGAGAAGCAGCGACAGCAGGCCCAGCAGGCCCAGAGGAACGAGAGCAGCUCGUAA